AUGCCCCUUGAAAGGGGCAACAUUUGGUGUGAGGGGCGUCGUGGUACCCCCGCUGGUUCAAAAGACCCUUUGUCAUUAUUUUGUUUUUUUUUGGAAUUUUUCGAUUCCCACGUGCCGUUCAAAAGUUAUUCGCAAAAAACACUUUUCCAAAAUUUCUGCCAUGAAUAUAAAGACAGCUGCUUAAUCAACGGAUCUUCGCUUCAACAGUUGUGUAGCAAUGUUAGCACCAAUGCAACGACAUCGACGACUUCCAGACCAUUAACAACAACAGCAACCACAACAACACUAUCAACAACAAAAACAGCAACAACAACUAAAAUUACACCAACAUUGAUAAACAUUACAGAUUUUACCGGCAUACCACCAAUUCCUCCUAUACCACCAAUUCCAACAGAACCUGCGCCCCAACCUUUAGUUAAGGACUUAAUAGAAACGGGCCCUGAUGUCGUAAGCACAUACUUUUUUGCUGCAAUACAAGUGAUUGCCAGGACCACGGUUAAUAUUUUCGAAAAGCAGAAAGUUAAUGCAGUGAAAACAAACGGCACUACAACAAACAACUUGACAACUAUUGUCUAUACAGUGUCACGCGUUGGGGCUGAUAAUAGAAAAUAUUCCAUUCUCUCGGAUUUCGGAAACAGUUUAAGUCUUGUUGGCAUCAUCCUUCUCCUGCUAGAAUAUGGUCUAUGUAAGCAGAGGCUGUCUCUUUUUGAAAGAAAUAUUGUAUCUCUGUGUUGCACACUAUUUUUGUCUCAUGGACUACAGUUACUGCUGACACAUCUUAAUGACGUCAGAUACUUCUGUAAAGCAGGCGGAGUUUUUCUUCAUUGGGCUCUGAUGGCUAGUUUUAUGUGGAUGUUAACUAUUUCCUAUGACAUUUUCAAAACUUUCAGAGGAAUGCAUCAUGUUGGCAGCGACAGAAGCAGUAGACGGUUUAAAAAAUACGUCAUUUUCGUCGCUAUGACUGCUACAACUAUUGUUUUGCUUUGUGUUUUCCUGGGGAUACCAAAAGAAGACUUUUCAGGCUACGGUUACCAGGGGAAGUGCUUUGUUGCAAAAUUCUGGGCCAACCUAUUCGCUUUUAUUGUCCCUGUCGCUCUUGUAUUAUUGACAAACACCAUGCUUAUGAUUUCAACACUUGUAAAACUUCAAUCACUGCAGAAGAAGAGCAAAAAGAUGUUCACGACUGACAACAGCAAGAAUGUUUCUUCAAGAAGAAAGGUUGUCAUCAGCGUUCUUAUGCUCAAGCUAUCCAUCCUGUUUGGUUUGGGCUGGCUUUUCGGAUUUAUAGCCAACGCAAUCAAUUCAAAUGUACUGAUGUUCUUGUUCGUCGCAAUUGUUUCACUGCAAGGUUUCUUAGUUUUUCUUUGUUUCGGUUGCCAUAAAGAACUUUAUGGUAAAUUUUGUCAACAACGGCCGCCACAUGAGGUCCAUUUUCAAUCAACAACGAUAUCACAACGAGGAAUUGUAACUGAAACAUCAAUGACAUACUGACUCUUUUGUACUAUCAGCAACCAGAAUGCAUACGGACCUUGCACGUCUUUUUGUUUAAAGUUUACUUGCAUUACUAUCCAACUUAGCUGCAAAUAAAAUGACUUUUCUUACUACACUUAUUUUUACUGUUUAAAUGAGAUUUUGCUUCUCAGUGGACUUUUUGUCUUUUUUUAGGGGAUAGAAAUCAUUUUUUUCUAUGUUAUUACUAUCUUUGCUCGUUUACUUACUUUUGAACAUCUAUAAUUAUUUGAGAAUAAAGCUCUAAAACUCUCCCUGGGUACCCUUCGUGGGGCAAAUCCCUAUUUGCGCCAAUACGCGAUCCCAAGGCCGCCGACAGUCAAGCCAAUGUUCGGGCUUCUUCUUACUCCUUCAAACUCCAAAAUUUCAGUUGUUCUGUGCGAUCAAGAAUUGACAAUUUGAGCCCUGGGUGCCAAUGCCUCGGUGAAAGAGACUGUCGAACAUUGGUCUGGCGUAGGAGGAGAGCGGAAGAAAGAGGCUCUGGACAAAACAUAACAUAACAUCGGUUUGGAGUAAAAAAUCACAUAACCUUUGAUUGAUCAUCUAUACUGAAUCACUUUAUCAAAAUUUCAGAUCUACAAACCCAACCGACCUCUUUGUCUUGUCUUAUGUCAGACUUUCACCGAGGCUCUGGCACCAAGGGAAACUGGUUUAUAGCUUUUAGCGAGGUCGUGGAGAGUAAAACCAAGAUCAACUGGGAAAAAUGAUACAAAAGGGAAUUUUCUACCACUCAGUGCAGAAUUUUGUCCUAUAAAAUACUCAAAAGCGCCCAAAACCAACAAUGGGGAAGAAGAUUUAUUGAGAUUUAUAUGAUGGAAGAGGCCACAUUCGAUAAUUCAAUACUUGUAGCAUAACUAAGGGUAUCUGUUCAGAAAAGAAAAAAUCUGCUUUUCUUUCAAAAUUGGAAAUUUACGCAUGCAAAAUCUCUCCUAUUCUAGAACUGAAAAAUAAAUAAGAGGGCUAGUAAAAGAAAGUGGUCAGCUUUCUCUAAUUUUCCGAAAAAACAUGGGCGGACAUUUUAUAAUCGACAGGAAGUUUUUCAAUGCCCAAAUACAAAAUUCGUUAACCCACCACAAGCGAUGGACAUCAAUAUUUGAGGGACAUAAAGAGAAUAAACAAUCCAAUUCUGAUGAUUGGUAUAAAUGAACGACUCACUUUCUUGAAACUGGUAUAAAUAAGGAUAUUGAUUUCUCCAUAAUUGUUAAAAACUUUAAAACUACGGAAUGGUUGGUUGGCUUGGUUGAGAAUAAACAAUUCAACGAAUACCUAUGGUAUGCCCUAAACAUAACCAUGGUUGAUGUUCAUAAGAUAUUUUAUAAUCAUAAUAAAAGCAAUUUUUAAGAUGAGACGUCAUCACAAAAAGGAAGUAGCUAUGGCCUUUUCUUGUUUAUGCAAAUUAAUGAGUGCAUAAUCAUGAUUUUUGCUCAAAAAAGAAACCUCCCGUCAUUUUCUGUCUAGAGUACCCAGCAAAAGUUGUAGCAAUAAGGUAUUUGAGGAAUUCAUUUUUUCUCAUUGACCCAUCUUAAUUAUCUUAUGGCAGAAUCGCUAAGCAAUUUGGUGGAUUAAAAUUCUGUGAUAUGCAAGCUAGAUCUUAAAAAUGAAAAGGCAGUAAACGUUAUGAAGUGAGUGCCCUACACCUCAUAAUGCACCGUGGGAGACACAGAAGUUUUGAUUUGAACAAUUAUUUAACAGAGAGAGUAACGUUUUAAUGACGUAAAGAAUUUCAAUUGGUGACGUUUUAGUACAUCGAAACUGUCGUCGAGACCCAAGAAAGGAACCUUGAAAACUUAAGAUGUUAGCACAACACGAUAUUCUAAAAGACUGCAAUGAAGCUUUUUCUGGGCUCAGGUAGAAAGAAUAUUGUUUCCUUUGUGGUAAUGCUGCUACAAAUGACUAUAUGACGAUAACGUAUCAUUCCAGAAAAUUACUGCCAUUGUUUGGACCAUCGCCACGCUCGCAAAGGCCCAUUGUUAGCAAUGAGUCUUAAAUGCUGUUGACCAGAUAAUCCAG